CUGCCCCGGGUCCUAAGUUCUUGGGAGUUUAACUGAUAGCCCAGUUGGAGGGGGCGGGGCGGGGGCCGGAUGUGACGUUUACGGAAGCUCCGAGAGUCAUUCGCGGGGACAGAGCUUCUUGGUCCCGAUGUCUGACCAUGGAGAUGUGAGCCUCCCACCUGAAGACCGGGUGAGGGCUCUCUCCCAGAUAGGUAGCGCAGUAGAGGUAAAUGAAGACAUUCCACCCCGUCGGUACUUCCGCUCUGGAAUGGAGAUUAUCCGGAUGGCAUCUAUUUACUCUGAGGAAGGCAACAUUGAACAUGCCUUCAUCCUCUAUAACAAGUACAUCACGCUCUUUAUUGAGAAACUACCAAAGCAUCGAGAUUACAAAACGGCUGUCAUUCCAGAAAAGAAAGACACAGUAAAGAAAUUAAAGGAGAUUGCAUUUCCCAAAGCAGAAGAGCUAAAAGCAGAACUAUUAAAACGAUAUACCAAAGAAUAUGCAGAAUACAAUGAAGAAAAAAAGAGGGAAGCGGAAGAACUUGCCCGAAACAUAGCCAUCCAGCAAGAGCUGGAAAAGGAAAGACAGAGGGUGGCACAGCAGAAGCAGCAACAGUUGGAGCAGGAACAGUUCCAUGCGUUUGAGGAGAUGAUCCGAAACCAGGAGCUAGAAAAAGAACGCCUGAAAAUUGUACAGGAAUUUGGGAAGGUGGACCCAGGCCUAGAUGGCCCCCUGCUCCCUGGCUUGGAGAAGCCCUCGCUAGAUGUGUCCCCCACAGCACCUGUUAUAUCCACGCAGCCUUCGGACUGUAAUACAACUGUAAGACCUGCCAAGCCACCUGUGGUGGACAGGUCCUUGAAACCGGGAGCAUUGAGCAACUCAGGAAGUACUCCUACGAUCGACGGCCUGCGCCACGUGGUGGUGCCUGAGAAGCUCUGCCCACAGUUUCUCCAGCUGGCCAGUGCCAACACUGCCCGGGGAGUAGAGACGUGUGGGAUUCUCUGCGGAAAACUGAUGAGGAAUGAGUUCACCAUUACCCACGUUCUCAUCCCCAAGCAAAGUGCUGGGUCUGAUUAUUGCAACACUGAGAAUGAAGAAGAGCUUUUCCUCAUACAGGAUCAGCAGGGUCUCAUCACACUGGGCUGGAUUCAUACUCAUCCCACACAGACCGCCUUCCUCUCCAGCGUUGACCUGCACACUCACUGCUCCUACCAGAUGAUGUUGCCAGAGUCUAUAGCCAUUGUUUGUUCCCCCAAGUUCCAGGAAACUGGAUUCUUUAGACUAACUGACCAUGGACUAGAGGAGAUUUCUUCCUGUCGCCAGAAAGGAUUUCAUCCACACAGCAAGGAUCCACCUCUCUUCUGUAGCUGCAGCCAUGUGACUGUUGUGGACAGAGCAGUGACCAUCAUAGACCUUCGAUGAGAGUUUGACUCAGACACCUCCCAAGAACUAUAAAACCAUAUCAGUGUACUGUAGCCCCUUAAUUUAGGCUUUCCAGAAAGCUCUGGAAGCUUUUUUAAACAGGAUAGAAAGUGAGUAUCACCGGGGGGAGAACUGAUUUUCUAUUUCUGGUUUGAAAAGAAUGUUUUUUAGGCACAUCUGGGAAAUAGCAUGAUCAUGCUAAAACAACUUUUCAGUCUGCCUGUAACUAAAAAACUAAGGUGAAAAAAUGAUGGAAUGAACACUCAUAUACCCUUUGUUCUAAAUUCACCAAUUGUUAACGUUUUUUUCCCUCUCAGAUAUCCUUCUGAUUUCUCUGCCAACUUGUUUAUUGUUUACCUUUGGACUAAUUAAGGGCAUCUAUGCAGACAUUUGGAAGCCAUUUAAAAAAUCUUUGGGUUUUUCUGUGGUUUACGGCAAUAUUAAUGAAGCUUAUUAUAAGGCUGAGGGAGAGUUCACUAUGUCUGACCAGAUGGCGAGGCUCGAAAACCCUGAAGAAUGAUUUUGUCAGGAAUUACUGUUAUUUAACAGAUAUUUCAGGAUAUUUUUUCUUCUACAAUAAAGUAACAAUUAACUUAUAUAUAUUUGUUGUGCUCUAGAAUGAUCUGUUGGAUCGAGCAUUGUAUAAACAGGUAAACUAAAAGGUCUGGUUAUUAGGGGAAAAUGGAAUUUGAAAUCAACAGACAUCGAAGGUAUGUCCCAGUUCACUUUUUUUGGGAGAGGGGGCUUUUAGGGCCACACCCUCACCAAAUGGAAGAUUCCAUGCUAGGGUCAAAUCAGAGAUGUAGCCACCGGCCUAUGCCACAGCCAUAGGAAUAUGAGAUCCGUAACCAACUGAGCAAGGCCAGGGAUCGAACAUGCAUCCUCAUGGAUACUAGUCAGAUUCGUUUCCUCUGAGCCACGACGGGAUCUCCUGUCCCAAUUCACUUUUAAUUGUUCCGUCUUCUCCCUCUGCCUGUUGCCAUCCUCCAGGGGUGUGACAUCACCUCUGUUCUUUUGGUGCUGUCUCAAGUGGGUCAUCCCAUUCACUUCCUCCUUGUGCCCUAAAAGCUUUCAAUAGAGGAUAAUAAGGCCUUUGUUUGGAGUACCAGGUUACACUCCAAAUAAAUGAUUAUAUUCCCAUGCCACCCCACCCUACUAGUUUUAUUUGUGUUGGCUAUUCUUUUCUAACGUAGGCAACAUCUAGGAAGAUGUUUGAAGCUGCAAUUGAUUCUGUAUUUUUCCUGCGAGCUGAGCCUAGAAAUGAAAUAGUGGUAUUUUUGUGACCCCUCAGGUCAGGGAGGAGAAUGAUUUUUUUUUUUCCUAUCAAAAUUCAGUGGAAGGAAAAAAAAAUCUGCAAAUGUAUAAAGUUUUGCCUCAUUUAAGAAUUUUGUGUCCUAGGAGUUCUCCUGUGGCGCAGCAGGUUAAGGAUCCAGUGUUGUCACCACAGCAGCUUGGGUUGCUGCCGUGGCACAGGUUCUGUCCCUGGUCUGGGAACUUCACAUGCCAUGGGCAUGGCAAAAAAAAAAAAAAAAAAAAAAAAAAAAAAGAAGAAGAAGAAGAAGAAAAAGAAAUAAAAUGUUGUGUCCAGAAUAUAUUAGGUCUUUAUUACUUAGGUUAGAGGCUCUCAAACUAUUCCCCUGAAAGAACCAAGUCUCUAUAUUCCCCUUCUUAUAGGUUCUUGACUCUGAAGAUACUGGAAAUUCUUCUGCAGCUUUGGAGUAGGUGGGGAUGUGGGGCUAGGUGGGUCUGGGCAAGGGGAGGAGUACCUCUGAAGUCACUGCCCUCUUUUCCCUGCUGUGGCCUCAGAGGCAGCCUGGACUCCUCCACCCAGCCCCUGACAGUCCUCUACUUGCCUGGCCCCACACUUUCCAGGAAGUGCACCCCUUCUUCCCACUCUCAAGACGACCGCUUAGUUUAGGACCUUAUUACCCCUUACUUGAACUGUUGCAAUAGGCUUCUAUCUGCCCUCUUUGUUUUUCAUGUUUCUUGACUCCAGUCUCUUCUGCCUAGUACAGGUAGAAGCUUCUCACCUUACAACCAUCCUCAUUUUUCCUCUCUUGCUCAAAAACAUACAGUAGCUUUCAAUUGCUCUUAAAAUCUAAAUUUAGCCUUUGUUGUGAACUUUCUAAAUAUGGCCACAUAAAGCUCUCAUCCCUGGCUGCACAUUCAAAUACCUCUAGAACUUCUCGAAGAAUGCUGAUACCCAUGCCCCACCCCACCCCCAAUGAAAUCCAGCUCUCUGGAGUGGGACCCAGACAUGGUUUUGGUUUGGGUUUUGUCUUUAAAGCUGCUAGGGUUCUCAAGUGCAGCCAGGGUUGAAAACCACCAUUCCUAAGAAUUGCAAGCUCUCUUAUCAAUCUUUGCACAUCAUAGACAUUCAAGGAAUGUUUGUUGAACCAAAGGGUACUGUAUCAUAGGCUGCAACCACAUUGAUCAUUUGCUGUUUAGAAAAUGGCCACAUUUUCUUGCCUCUGCUCCUGUACACGAGAAAUCUCAGUGCCUAAACAGGUGCAGGAAAUCAGCCUGCAGAUGCUCUCUUGAGGCUUGGUACAGUCUAGCUGUGGCAGAGACACUUUGAACAGGCCAGCUUUAGUGCCUCACUUCACCCUUCCUCUGUGGAAGGACGUGGGUUUGAUCCCUGGCCUUGCUCAGUAGGUUAAGGAUCUGGCGUUGCCAUGAGCUGUGGUGUAGGUCAAAGACACGUCUCGGAUACCGAGUUGCUGUGGCUGUGGCUGUGGCGUUGGCUUCAGCUCUGAUUCAACCCCUGGCCUGGGAACCUUCAUAUGCUGAGGGUGUAGCCCUAAAAAAGACAAAAGACAAAAAAAAAAAAAAAAAAAAAAAGUGAAUGUCAUGGGGAUGUAAUGUACAGCAUGGUGACUAGUUAAUUAUACUCUAUUGUGUAUUUGAAAGUGUCUAGGAAAGUGAAUUUAAGUUUUCAUCAAAAAAAAAAAA